GUGUAUGGGAUCAUAGUGAGUGAACCUGCGUAUGUCAUCGGCGACAGACCCCACCAAAAUGGAAUGCAACUUUUACAACUUGCGCCAAACACCUGCACUUUAGUCAACAUUAUACCCAUAUCGACCCCCGUUAUCCGCCGAAAUGCCUGUCGGAGUCUUCCAGCCGUCAAACCAAAUCAGACUCACCAACGUCUCGCUGGUGCGCAUGAAGAAGGGCAAGAAGCGCUUCGAAAUCGCAUGCUACAAGAACAAAGUCCUCGAAUGGCGCAACAAGAUCGAGAAGGACAUCUCCAACGUCCUGCAGAUCGAGAACGUCUUCCUGAACGUAUCCAAAGGCCAAGUCGCACCCAAAGCCGAUCUCGAAAAAGCCUUCCCUAAGAAGUCGCUCGAAGACAUCAUCACCGACAUAUUAGAUCAUGGAGAGCUACAGGUUGGCGAGAAAGAGCGCAACGCCGAGUUGGAAAGGACCAAGAAUGAAGUCAUCGACAUCGUCGCGGGAAAACUCGUGGACCCCAAGACAAAGCGCGUCUAUACCACAGGCAUGAUUGAGAAGGCGCUGGAUCAACUGAGCUCGGCAGCAGCGACGCAACAAGGAGACAAGGGUGAGAGCAAGGAAGAUGGUGAGGACAAAGGCAAAGCGAAGGAACUGCCCAAGUGGACUGGCAUCGUAACGAACAAGUCAGCCAAGUCGCAGGCACUAUUCGCCAUGAAGGCGCUCAUCGCCCACCAGCCGAUACCCGUCGCCCGCAUGCAGAUGAAGCUGCGCGUUACCUGUCCGACGUCCGUCCUCAAGCAAUCCAUAAAGACCGCGCCCAAGGCGCAAGCGGGCACUGAAGAGAAGGGAACUACCGGUACUGUCAAGGAUGCGAUAUUAGCCUUCAUGGAGAAGAUUGAGAGCCAAGACACAAUAGGCGCCGAGUGGGAGGCAGUGGGUCUCGUCGAGCCUGGAGCUUUCAAGGGCUUAAACGAGUUGAUUGAAGGCCAAACAAAAGGAAGGGGCAACGUCGAAGUUCUCGAGAUGGCUGUCGGUGCCGACGACUGAGUAGUGACACGUCUCGCCAGCACGCGUCGCGCAACACGCUCGUCCUCAUGUGCUGUAGUAUCAGGACAGGAAGGCCUGUGCAAAAGGCGCUUCCAUAUGCCCCUCGAGGAAGAAGCACUCGCUUCUAUGGACUGCAAGGUACAUGGCGACUGCAGAUCUCAC